AUGGCGCCCCUGAGACGAGCUCCGAGGAGGCACUGCUUCUCGCAGAACGGUCGUCGAGCUCUGUACGUGCUUCGCAGGGGCACGAGUGGAAUCGACAUUGACCUGCGGCGCGUCGACAUCGACCAGUGCCCGCAGAGGCGGAACAGCACCGACGUCAAUAUCUUCGCCGGUUCCGACAAAUGCAAGGAGAGAACGACAAAGUGCGUGUCGGUGCCUGGCCUGGGUUUCCGGCGCGGCAGCUACAAGUGCGCGUGUCUGGACGGCUUCUACUUCCCGGAGCCGGGCCCGCUGCGUUUCUACAACGGCUCCGUCAUCGAGGACGAGUACGAAAAGAAGCUGCAGGGCCUGCCCUCGCGGUACGAUGAGCUCGACAUGUUCGAGUGCCUGCCGUGCGCCGAGGGGUGCGCCACAUGCGAGGACGGCCGGCCCUGCCUGCUCACGCUCAACUGGGCCAUGCGCACCAGCAUCCUCAGUCUAGCGGCCGUCAUCAUCGGCAUCCUGCCGUUCUUCGUCUUCUUCACCGUCAAGUACGGCGAGAUCAAGGUGGUUCGCGCAGCCAGUCCCACGCUUCUACGCAUCAUCAUCCUGGGUGCGUUCUUCAUCUAUUCCACGACGAUCGUCACGUACCCGGAACCCAACGUGGCGACGUGCACCAUUCGCUGCUGGCUGCGAGAGAUCGGCUUCUCGCUCUCCUACGGCGCCCUCAUGCUGAAGACGUGGAGGAUUUCGGUCAUCUUCCGCGUGCGCUCGGCCAAAGCGGUGAAGAUCACCGACCUGGACCUGCUGAAGCGGCUGGGCGUGCUGGUGGCAGGCUUCACGGCCCUGCUGGGCGUGCGCUCGCUGGUGGCGCCGCCGUCGGUGGUGAUGGCGCUCAGCGCCGACGGCCUGAAGACACGACUCUGCCACACCGACUGGUGGGACCACGCCUUCUCCGCCAGUAACUUCUGUUCCUUCGUCUGGGGAAUACGACUCUGCAUCGUGGUCAGGAAAGCACCGUCGGAGUUCAACGAAAGCAAGUUCAUAUCUCUCACCAUUUACAACGAGUUCUUACUCACCAUCCUGCUCAACAUUUCCACGUUGUUUCUUAAGUCGCCAGCUAAUCCGGACCUGCUGUACAUCAUCUUCUUCCUGCACAAUCAGCUGACAAUCACUGUGCUACUCGUGCUCAUCUUUGGAAGCAAGGUGUACAUGGUGAUGAAGGGCCAGGGCAGGUCGGAGGGCGCCACCAACUCCACCCUGAAAGCGUCUUCGGCAAAGUUUCUGAGCAGCAAAAACUCCGAGCAACUGGGUUCGAAUCCGACACCCACAGUUGCCGGCACCGCUGGAACGAUUGAUUUCUUCAAAUUGACUGACGGCAACGUGCAGAAUGAGAUGGACAAACUCACGCGCUACCUGGAGUACCUGGUGACGCGCGGGCGGCCGCUGGGCGACCCCGCUGCCGUGGCACAGCUGGAGGCGAUGCUGGCCGCCGGGCGCGGUCACGCCGCCCAUGUCGACCGCGCGCUGCAGGACGGUCUGGGCAUGGUGGCGCCGCCCAGCGUGGACAGCAUGCUGACUCGCGUGACUGGCUGCCUGGUGACGGCCGUGGUGGGCGAGUGCGCCGAGCCGGCCGGCGUUCGCGAGGCCCAGGUGCAGACAUGCGCCGUCGGCCGACGCUGUAAGCGGCACUCGGCCACCCAGACAGUGCGCACCAUGGCCUGCGCCUGAGCCGAGCAGCCCUAGCCCUAGCGCCAGCUCCGA